UUACGUGUUAUUUUUUGCAGAGUGGAUGGAAAUGAUGAGUGUUGGUCAUGAUAAAUGAGGUCGCUGACGAUGAUUCGAGUGAAGAAACAGAAAUUGCUGUGAUCGGAGGAACACUUGCUUUUCGUUGUCCACCGAAUCCGUCAUGGAAGAAAGUUUACAAUGUGAAUUCCCCCGAAUUUUCUGUUUCUUUGGACCCGAGAAACACCAACGUGUUAGUUUUUUCGGGAUACGAUAUCGACAACCGGAUUUUCAAUUCCACGAAGAUCAACUUCUCCGAUGCCGGAAAUGCUUCAACUAAUUAUCAGUUACUGUUGGCUAACAUAAAUUCAUGGUCAAAGCAUCGGAUUGAAAAGAAAAACGAGCUAACUGUUGAAAAAAAUGAAGAAGAAGACGAAGAGGAGGAUGAAGGCGAAGAUAGUGAAAUCGACGUCUUUCGGGGCAUCUUUCACAAACAGAGUAACGAUUCGAAUGUCAAAAUCUUGAGUGAACAACUGGAAAAGAUUUCACUGAAUGAUGAAAUCGAUGAAUGCAAGAGUCAACCAUUUUCGUCGCAAAGCUUUAUAGAAUUCAGUCAACUGGUCGAAGAGGAUGACGUUAGCGAUAAUUUUGAUCUCGUGGAACUGGAGGUAUUCGAAAAUGGACAGAAAAGUACUGUGAUCCCGCUGCAGACAAGCGGAAAAAUCCUUCGUGCGAAAUUCUCAGGAUUUUUCCUGAUCUUGUCGUUGGUUCAUCCCGACAGCCACAUUGAAACAUGGCGCGUGAGUUGGUUGCGUCGGAAGUCAGAAUUCAAACCGAGUUUGAAAUCAGAAAUUCAGAAAAAGACCUCUUUCGAAGUGAGCUUUGAUUCGGAAACGAAUGCGAUGCUGAUCUCAUUGGCCAAGUCGGAGUAUUUCGCGAGUUUGCGCCUCGUGUUCCGCAAUCCGGGCUUUUUCAAGAAAUACGCUACUCGUUUCGGUCGGAAUACGCGUCUUAAUCAGCUGUCCGAGACCAGGAAUUCAGAUGAUAGUCGUAAAUCAUUAAAGGAUGAGUUGCAUCGAGUGGAAAAGUUGUGUUCGGCGGCGGAGUUGCGAGGGGAAUUGUGUUUUGAGAAUAUGAUCCGAGGACGUCGGUGUCGAGUGUCGAAUGCGGAUUACGUGGCGGCUGUUUACGCGGAUUAUCUGGAUUUGCAUUGCGUCGGACUCGUAUCCGAGAGUGUGUUGAGUUUGCGCGAGUUUCGCAGAGCUUGUGUCGAGUGGCUCAUGAGCCCCGUAAAUCGGGAAAUUUUGUGGUUGAAGCUUCUUUUCCUCGGGGGGAGUGUGUUUGAUCGCGCUGCUGUUGGAAACUGCGGGGAAAUUUAUAUGACGUGGCAGAUUGAACGUACAGGCGGGAAGUCUUGGUCGACGGUGGGCCUGAGUCGAGCGGAGCAGCGGAGUCGGAUGCAUGUGGCACAUGAGCGCUGGGAAAAAGACCAUUGGAGGACGUUGUGUCGUGGAGCAAUUGCAAAUAUGUCGGGAACACUGAACGUGAACCGCAAUGUCACUGACGCUUUCUACCGCUACAAGAUGCCGAGGAUCCUUGCGAAGGUGGAAGGCAAGGGUAAUGGCAUAAAGACUGUCAUCAUCAACAUGGCGGACGUGGCCAAAGCACUCAGUCGUCCUCCCACGUACACGACCAAGUACUUCGGUUGCGAGCUGGGUGCUCUGACACGCAUGGACACGAAGAACGAUCGGUUUAUUGUGAACGGAGCUCACGAUGCUAUUCGGUUGCAGACCCUGUUGGACGGCUUCAUCAAGAAGUUUGUGUUGUGCGAAGAGUGUGAUAACCCGGAGACGGUCCUGAGGGUCUUGCCCAAAAAGGGCAUGAUCACGUCCACCUGCAAGGCCUGCGGAUUCAUUGGCAACAUUGACAUGACUCACAAACUCACGGCUUUCAUUUUACGUCAUCCCCCUGAAGAGGAAAACGGCGGAUAUAAACAGGCGAGUGCCAACGGAAAGGGCGGGCCAGGAACAGGUGCCGCAGUUGAUCUUGACGAGGAAUUCGCUGUUGCUGGAGAUGACGAUGAUGAGGACUGGUCAGUGGAUGUCAGUGAAGAAGCGGUGAAGAGACGUCAGGCGGACUUGAGCGAUGGCAUCAAGACUCUGGCCAUCACCGAUGAUCUUGAAAAGACCGAGAAAGAAAGGGUGGACAUUUUCUACAACUUCGUGAAGGAGAAGAAAGAACAGGGUAAAUUGAGCAACGCAGGGAUCGACAAAGAGCUGUUGACGGAAGCCGAGAGGCUGGACAUCAAAGACAAGGCGCCGUUGAUCCUGAGCGAAGUUCUCUUUGAUUCAUCCAUGCUCCAACAAGUGAAACAGCACAGAAUCGUGUUCCUGCGCUUUUGCCACCAAAAUCCGAAGGCGCAAAAGUACUUGCUGGGUGGGAUCGAGGCCAUGGUGGCCCUGCACAAGGACGCCUUGCUGCCCAAAGUGGCCCACUUGCUCAAGGCCUGCUACGACUCGGACGUGCUGGAAGAAGAAGUCUUGCUGGACUGGGGCAAGAGGGUGAGCAAGAAAUACGUAAGCAAGGAACUCAGUGAGGCCAUUCACGAGAAGGCCGAGCCGUUUCUCAAGUGGCUCAAGGAGGCUGAAGACGAGACGUCUGAGGAUGAGGACAGCGACGAAGAAGAUGUCGAGAUAUCGUAUGAUGACCGUGCCCGAGGACCAAUACUGCAGGCAACUGAGGAGAAGAAAAAGCCGAGUCCAGCUGCUGGCGGAGAUGAUGACCUGGACAUAGACGCCAUCUAACGCCGACGGAAGGAAGCUGAGAAGAGAGCGAAAAUCACGGACAAUUAUGAGAGCACUGUUUUCCUUUGGUUUUUCCUCUGUUUAAUUUCUGUUGGUUCAUUCCACUCUUGACGGCGAAGAAAAAAAAGAAGAAAAACAAAAACGAAAAAUUGGAAUCGAAGAAGCAUUACCGUGUUGCCUGCUUUUGUUUCGUUUCUUUUUUUUUUUUUAUUUUAUUUUUUUUUUUCCUGAGGACGGAGGGAGAGAGAAAGAGGAAACGUGAUUGAAUGUUUGCUUCGAAAGUGUCUUAAGUAUACCAACUGAUUUCUUCCAGAUAUUUUUUUGCGAAACCGUGAGGGGUUUUGAAAGGAACGAGAAAAGAAAAACGGGGGUGGGGAAGGUUCUUCUUUUUUUUUUUUUUUCUUCUUCUUUCAUGUGCUUUUUCUGCCUUCCGUUUGAGAUGCGGUGUUGAGAAAAGGGUUCUUUCUCGGAGGAAUUAUUUGUUCAGGUGGGUGGAAAUUUGACGGAAAUCGGUUAGUUCAUGCCCGCGAGAGGCCUUCAAGUGUCCUGGUGAAGCUCUUGAGAGAAACACAAACGUGUGAUGGAGAAA